AUGGCUGCCCCAAUCGUCGCGAAGUCCAAGCUAUCCCGAGCAACCGCAGAUUUAUACCUUAUUUCUGAAGAAGAUACAAUCUACGAGCAGGAUAUCCUUCGAGAACCAGGCAGUACGAAGCCAUGGCUUGCGUACAUCGAGUUCAAAUUUCAACAUGGAAACCCUCAGGAGCAAGCUUUCGUGCUUGAACGAGCUUGUAAACAGCUGCCUCGGUCGUACAAGCUUUGGAAAAUGUAUCUGGAUCUCCGAAUCAAACAUCUAGGAAAGCUAAAUCCGGCCAUUUUUGCUUCCGAAUAUAACAAAGUCAAUGCUCUCUUCGAACGCGCCUUGAUCCUGCUCAACAAGAUGCCAAGAAUAUGGGAAAUGUAUCUGUCAUUCUUAUUACAGCAGCCGGUUGUCACCCUCACCCGCCAUACGUUCGACCGAGCCCUCCGCGCUUUACCAAUCACUCAACACAAUCGCAUUUGGGCCUUGUAUCGUCCAUUUGCAAAUUCGGCAUCAGGUCAAACUGCAGUCAAGAUUUGGCGGCGAUAUAUGCAGAUUCAUCCAGAAGACGCGGAGGACUUCCUCGAGCUACUGAUUGAGAUGCGCCAUUACACCGAAGCCGUCAAAGAAUACAUGAAGAUUUUGAACAAUCAAAAGUUUCGCAGUAAGAAUGGCAAGGGACAUUACCAGCUCUGGAGCGAGAUGGUUGACCUUCUUGUCGAGCAUGCAAACGAAAUCGAUACUGGCGAUGAAAUUGGUAUCGAUGUUGAACGGAUCAUUCGAAGUGGAAUCGACCGGUUUGCAGAUCAGCGAGGCAAGCUGUGGUCGGGCCUGGCCACAUAUUGGAUCACAAGGGGAAGUUUUGAACGGGCUCGAGAUAUCUUUGAGGAAGGUAUUACUACCGUCAUGACCGUCAGAGACUUCACACUCGUCUUCGAUUCAUAUGUUGAAUUUGAGGAAGCGAUCACGGGAACCUUGAUGGAGGAAGCUGCAGCUCGUUCUGAAAAGGGCGUCGUGAAUGAGAAUGCCGACUUCGAUUUGGACAUCCGCAUGAUGAGGUUCGAGCAGCUUAUGGACAGACGACCAUUCCUCAUUAAUGACGUCCUGCUUCGACAAAACCCCAAUAACGUUUCAGAGUGGAACGUCAGAAUUGGAUUGUGGGGUGACAACAAGCAAGAAGUGGUCCAAACAUAUACCGACGCGAUUGCUGCUGUGCAACCAAAGAAGGCAGUGGGCCGAUUUCACGAAUUAUGGGCUAAUUACGCCAAGUUUUAUGAGAAAGGCGGGGAUCUCCGCAAUGCAAGGGUCAUUAUGGAGAAAGCGGUGAAAGUGCCUUUUAAGUCGGUAGCUGAGCUGGCUGAUAUGUGGACUGAAUGGGCUGAAAUGGAGUUGAGAAAUGAUCACUUCGAAGAAGCAGUCAAAAUCAUGGCCAAAGCAGUACAAGCACCCAAACGAUCAACUGUCGACUAUUUCGACGAGACAUUGUCGCCCCAGCAACGAGUGCACAAGAGCUGGAAGCUCUGGAGUUUAUAUGUGGAUCUCGUAGAGAGCGUCAGUACCCUCGAGGAAACGAAGAAGAUCUACGAGCGCAUAUUCGAGCUACGCAUCGCCACUCCGCAGACUGUCGUCAACUAUGCCAAUCUUCUAGAAGAGAACAAGUAUUUCGAAGAAUCGUUCAAGAUCUACGAGAGAGGCUUGGACCUAUUCAGCUAUCCAGUAGCCUUCGAGCUCUGGAACUUGUACCUCACAAAGGCCGUAGACCGAAAGAUUGGUAUCGAACGCCUUCGCGAUCUCUUCGAACAAGCUGUUGAAGGAUGUCCACCCAAGUUCGCGAAGGUCUUGUACCUUAUGUAUGGUAACCUCGAAGAAGAACGUGGCCUCGCGAGACAUGCCAUGCGUAUUUACGAGCGAGCAACUCGAGCAGUCUCCGAUGAAGAUCGCGCAGACAUGUUUAACUUCUACAUCACCAAAUCAGCCUCCAACUUCGGCCUUCCAUCCACUCGGCCUAUCUACGAACGAGCCAUUGCUGCCCUUCCGGACAAGGAUGCGAGAGACAUGUGCCUCAAAUUCGCUGACAUGGAGAAGCGGCUGGGAGAAAUCGACCGUGCGAGAGCUAUCUACGGACAUGCAUCUCAAUUCUGUGAUCCCAGAACUAGUCCCUCUUUCUGGCAAAAAUGGGAAGCUUUCGAAGUUCAACACGGAAACGAGGAUACUUUCAAAGAGAUGCUGCGUAUCAAGAGAAGUGUACAGGCUCAGUAUAAUACUGAUGUCAACUUCAUUGCCUCCCAAGCUUUGGCUAGGAGCAAGGAACAGGGUGAUGGCGAGGUGGAUGAAGAGUCUGCCGAUGCCAUGGCUGCUCUUGAGAGAGAGGCUAGGGCUCCUGUUGGUUUCGUGGCUGCUAGUGAUGGUCCGCAGGGUGGAAAUAUCAAGGAGGCUGUGCCUGUUGUGGCUGCGAAUCCCGACGCGAUUGACGUUGAUGGAAUGGAUGAUGAUGACGAAUGA